CCUAUACCUACCACCGCCUUAAUGAUCCCUCCGCAGUUCAAUACGCUGCUCGCAAUAUAUCAACACGCCACAGUCACUUACACUAGCCACACUCUUAAUGGCCACCCCCGCAUAUUACCGGCUUUGAUUCGCCAAUUGACUACCACUCCUGUCGCUCAACCGCAAAACCUAGACAGACCGAGACCGACCUUCGAUUUUGUGCAGGGUAUGCCGUAUUUCUUUGUUUGAAUCACUUUUGCCGUGACUCACACACACCACAAUAUCCUGGCCUUGACGACAGGGGAAAUCAGGCUAUUUUGUUCUUCAUAUCGCCUCAUAUUCCUCUCUCGUUUGUCUCUUUUAUAAAGAGAUAAUCAAGACUCACCCUCCUGCGGCCGGUUCCGCGUACUGCCCCUCCUUCGACUCAUACAAGACAUCCUCCCACCCUCUUCAUCCACCUCAACUAUGGCUUCUCUCCCCUCGCACCCCGCAGCCUGGGACCCGGCUUCCUGGAGAACAAAGCCCAUCAAGCAGUCGCCGCCCUACGCCGAGCCCGACAAGCUCGCCACGGCCGUCGGCGAGCUCACCCGUCUCCCGCCGCUCGUCCACCCCAACGAGAUCCUCGCCCUCAAGGCCCAUCUCCGCGAUGUCGCCCAGGGAAACGCCUUCCUCCUCCAGGGCGGCGACUGCGCUGAGCUGUUCGACUACUGCCAGCAGGGCCCCAUCGAGUCUAAGCUCAAGCUCCUCCUGCAGAUGAGUGUCGUCCUCAUUUGGGGCAUGAACAAGCGAGUCGUGCGUAUUGGGCGCAUGGCGGGACAGUACGCGAAGCCGCGCUCUAGCCCCACGGAGAUGGUCGACGGAAAGGAGCUUCCCAGCUUCAGGGGAGACAUCCUCAACGGGUACCGCGUCGAGGACCGAGAAAUCGACCCGAACCGCCUCGUCAAGGCCUACCACCACUCCGCUGCGACGCUCAACUACAUCCGCGCCGCCAUUGCCUCCGGAAUUGCCGAUCUCCACCGGCCGCUGGACUGGGGCCUCGGCCACGUCCGGGACCCGGCGCUCAAGGCCAAGUACUCGGCCAUCGCCUCGAGCAUCCAGCAGACGCUGCGCUUCCUCCAGACCAUCAACGCCCGUCCCGGCGAGCUCGAGUCUGUCGAGCUCUUCACCAGCCACGAGGGCCUCCUCCUCGACUACGAGCAGGCGUUGACCCGCCUGCUGGAGAAGCCCCCGGUAGGCGGCCGGGCCUACAGCCCCACUCCCGGCGAGGACUCCGGCAAGGAGUACUACGACACGUCGGCGCAUUUCAUCUGGAUCGGUGACCGCACGCGCCAGAUCGACCACGCCCACGUCGAGUUUUUCCGCGGCAUCGCCAACCCCAUCGGCAUCAAGGUCGGCCCUACGACGCCGACGACGGACCUCCUCGCCCUGCUGCGCACGCUCAACCCGUCGUGCGAGCCCGGCAAGAUCACCCUGAUCACCCGUUACGGCGCCUCGCGCGUGGGUGACCUCCUACCUCAGCACAUCCGCGCCGUCGAGGACUCCGAGUUCCGCCGUUGUGUCGUCUGGCAGUGCGACCCCAUGCACGGUAACACGCUGUCGACGCCCACGGGCAUCAAGACACGCCGCUUCGGUGACAUUUACAAGGAGCUCCAGGAGACUCUGCGCAUCCACAAGAACGAGGGCAGCUACCUGGGCGGUGUGCACCUGGAGCUGACGGGCGACGCCGUGACGGAGUGUAUGGGUGGAAGUGAGGGGUUGGAUGAGGACGACUUGUCGACCAACUACACUAGUUUCUGCGACCCGCGCCUCAACGAGAAGCAAGCUCUCGAGCUGGCAUUCUUGAUCGCCGACCACUUCUCCCAGGAGCAGAGGAAGUUGCGGGUGUAAAGCGGGAGAGUUAACAGGACCGGCCAGUGCUAGCGGUCGGGUGGAUAUUUGCAUAGGUUUUCAAAAGCGCUUUGAAAAGAAAGACAAAGAUGAGUGGGUAAAAGUGCACUUGAAGAAUAUUGUGAUGUCGGGAGUCAUAUCAAGGAGUGUCUUGCGAGUAAAAGAAAAUAUAUACCACGUUGGC